CUAGCUAGCUCAAUCCACAUGUACUGUUUAUCUUUAUCCCCGGCCUCUAGCCAAUCAACCAGCAACAGCAAGCCAGCCUAAGCGAGUGCAAGUAAGUCUUCCAAAUAGUACAACAACAGCCAUCACCACCUCUCCCUGCUGCCCCCUAGGGUUUCCAGCUUUCCUCAUGCAUAAAACCAGGCCCGGCCAUCUUCUCUCUUCUCUCAUGAUCUCCCACUCUCUAGGUAGCUACAUCCUUCCAUCUCACAUAUCGAUCCUUACGAGCUAAGCAAAGGAACUCUCUCUCCUCUUCCCAUAUGUUUCACAUCCAAUAUUUAUAAUGCAAGCUCUCCACUAAGACAAAAAAAAAAGGAUAGAGAGAGAGAGAGAACAAACCUCAUUCUUCUUUUAUUCCAUUUGGUCUCUCCCUCCCAUCUCUUUCUUCGCUUUCCUCCUCUCUUCUCCACACUGCCCUCUCUCUUCUUCUUCUUCUCAGCUUCGUUAUUACUUAUUCCAGUCCAGCAUAGAGAGAGAGGUUGCAGGCUAGUGGAUGUUAUUCUCUCCGCCCGCCUUUAUCAAUCCACCUCCCCAUCCUCGCAUGAUCCCCUAAAGCACCUAUAUACCCUUAUCUCACAAAGAAGCAAGGAGGAACAAACAAACCGCAAAAGAAGCUCCCAAGUAGGAAAAGAUCAAAAGAAAUCAAUUCUAUACCAUGGUCUUUUCUUCGGUUCCUGUCUAUCUUGAUCCACCCAAUUGGAACCAGCAGCAGCAACAGCAAGCUCACCAUGGCCAGCUUCCAAGUGUCGGAGGAGGAGGAGGCGGCGUCGGCGUCGUGGAGCCGCAUCACCACCAGCAACACCAUCAACUGCCGCCGAUGCCUCCUCCCGGGCCUUUCAUGGCUCCUAGGCCUGACAUGUCAAUUAUAGUUGCUGCGAGCGGCGGCCGCGACAGCGCAGGCGGUGGAGGCCCGACUGGCGGCUCGUCGGUGCGGCCGGGCUCCAUGACGGAGCGGGCCAGGGUCGCCAAGAUCCCGCAGCCGGAGCCGGGGCUCAAGUGCCCGCGCUGCGAGUCCACCAACACCAAGUUUUGCUACUUCAAUAACUACUCUCUCUCGCAGCCGCGCCACUUCUGCAAGACGUGCCGCCGGUACUGGACGCGCGGCGGCGCGCUCCGGAACGUCCCCGUCGGCGGCGGCUGUCGCCGCAACAAGCGCACCAAGUCAUCCAAGUCCAACUCGUCGUCGGCCGCAUCUGCUUCCGCCACGGGCGGGACGUCGUCGUCCACCUCCUCCACUGCCACCGGUGGCAGCAGCGCCGCUGCCGCGGCCGCCAUCAUGCCGCCGCAGGCGCAGCUGCCUUUCCUGGCCUCGUUGCACCCACUUGGUGGAGAUCACUACAACUACAGCACUGGUGCAUCAAGGUUAGGGUUCCCUGGGCUGAGCUCACUUGAUCCCGUGGACUACCAGCUCGGCGGGGGCGGAGGCGCUGGCACUGCCAUCGGGCUAGAGCAGUGGCGCAUGCCGCAGAUACAGCAAUUCCCCUUCUUAAGCCGCCCCGACGCCGUGCCACCUCCGAUGUCUGGCAUUUACCCGUUCGACGUGGAAGGCGGUGGCGAUGCUGCCGGCUUCGCCGGACAGAUGCUGGGAGGCUCCAAGGUGCCCGGCUCGGCCGGGCUGAUCACGCAGCUGGCAUCAGUGAAGAUGGAGGACAAUCCACCGUCCACGGCGAUGACAAGCUCGCCGAGGGAGUUCCUUGGUCUCUCCGGGAACCUUCAAUUUUGGGGUGGCGGCAACGGUGCAAGUAGCAACAAUGGGGGCAGCGGCGCUGUCGCUCCGGGCAGCGGCUGGGUGGACCUGUCAGGAUUCAAUUCAUCGUCGUCAGGGAACAUACUGUGAUCGAUGCGCCAAGCAUGAUGGUUGCUGCAAAAAGGUAGCCCUAUUUAUGUAAGCCCUGAAGCUUAAUUUUAGUCAUGGCUUCUGAGAAAGAUCAAAACAAAGGAGUUGCGGUGAAAGAUUAUAGGGCUGUGAUGGUUAUCGUCGAUCGAUCGAGCUGGUUAAUUGGUCUCUAGAAUUGGUAGGCGAAAUUAGUUUUUGCCAUUGAGUUUUCAUGUGGGGUUCUACUUCUAUCUUGCUGUCACUGCUGCUGUUCCUGUCUUGUUUUAGCGGAUGCAUUUCUAUAUUGUUGUCGUC